GAGUGGAAAUGGGAUAGGGACAGGAAAACCCAAAAGGCUUUCCUGUUUGGCAACUAGCAAGUGACGCCCUGAAAGCAAAACAAGAGAAGUAAAUGGAUUACAGGGCAGCCAGGGGGAUGAAAUCACAAUAUUUGGAAAUUGACAUCAUUUUUUAGAUCAUUUUUUCCAGUAUUCCUGCUGGGUCUCUGGGGGAGGUGUGAAGCAGGAAAGAGAGAGAGAGGUAGGGAAACUGGAGAGAGAGUGGGAUUUUUAGUUUGCUUCUUCCAGAGGUUUGGGGGUUGAAAAUGGGACCCGUCGCCAGGUCGCUCGCUCUGCUGUUUUGUUUGUGUUCUCUGGGCUGCUGUCUUCCUGCCGGGACGCCGCAACCAACACAGGAAUCUUUUUCAGAUGUGAAAAAGUCCAGAGGAGAUGUUCCCGACAUUCUUCCGACAUUGGAAGUGGAGCCCACAAAUGCUGUGUCCGAUUUUGAAACCUCCUACAACUAUGUUUUGUCCAGAUUGGCUGGGAUGGACCAGGCCAUCCACAAGCUCAACGUGGGCCACUACACCCUGGAUGUUAGCAUGGACCAACUAAUUGAGCGUCUAUCCAGGAUGGAUGCCAAGUUGGCAGAGCUGGAGGACAAAAUCCGCGAAGUCUUCCAACACAGCAAAGACAAUCGCAAAGAGACUGGAAGACUGGAAGGUUGCCAGAGGGGCCUGCGUGUGGGGUACAAAUGCUACCUUGUGUAUCACAACUAUGAGGACUAUGCAGGCGCUUCCAGGAAGUGCCUGGAACGCGGGGGUCGCAUGGCCAUGCCGCGAGACCGCCGUGAGCAGGAGGCGCUGGCCGACUACGUCAAGUCUUUCUUCCAACCGGGCAAUUGGCCCGUUUGGCUUGGCGUCAACGACCUGGCGACCGAGGGCGUGUACAUGUUUGACGACGGCACCCCCGUCUCCUACUUCCAGUGGCGCAGGCACUUCCUGUCCGGGCAGCCGGACGGCGGCAAGCGUGAGAACUGCGUGGCUAUGGCGUCAGAUGACGGUGACUGGUGGGACCACUACUGCGACAGGGCCAUGAACUACAUGUGCGAGUUUGAUGAUAGGGUAGCGCUUUAGGUGAAACCAUAGCUCUGCAUUUGAACUCCAUGCUGGAGACAAAAUCGCCGUCGCCAAGGUGAUAGCUCUAUAGGCCAUUACCUACAAACUCAGCAGCGCACACAAUUAAACACAUUUUAAACCCAGAUUAGUCUUCUCUGAUAGUUAACUGGAUAGCUAUAGUUAAGUAGCUAACGAUACAUAGCUGGCUAAUUGAGGUCAAGCUAGCUGCACUUGUAGUGGCUACACGAGCAAUACUGAGCUUAGCUAACUUUAGUGAAGAGAAUGUUCACUUUCAUUCUCUUACAAACACUGAAUUAUACACACAGAAGAAAAUUUCUGAUUGGUGACAUGUCUGGUAACGUGAAAAUGUAGCCUUACUUAAUUAAAUAUUAAGGUUAAGGCAUCUAAAAAAUAAAUACCACAUAAACUUUGUGUUAUGACGACAGUCAGUCAAGUCAGGGGCAUAUUUUAGUCCCUGAACUGUUUUGUAUGCACACUUUUACAUGCGUGACACAUUUUCUACCACAGAAAUAUUUUUACAUUGAGCGACAUGACAAAAUAUGUCAUCUUGUGUUUUCGAUACUUUGAUUAUUACAUACACAAUAGACUAUGUUUGUUUCCCCAACAUGUCUAUACAAAUAAAGGCUAGCAGUAUAAAAGAUGGAUGGAUAGAUGCCAUCUUAUUUUGUUGUGUGCGAUGGUCACCACUAGGCGUCAGAAACUAACCAUCCACAAUAAAUGCAAAUAAAUCUGCUUGUACCUCCAUUGAAAAGUACUAACAUAAUCAAAUGCAGAACAUGUGUGAGUUAAAUACAUUUGAGUGAAACAAAA